AUGGUGCUCAUUACGAGUUCAACGGUGUACGCAUUAAUAUCAGUAGUUUAUGGCGUAGCAACAUUCAAUGAUUGCCCGUUGGCAAAAGAGGAGUUGCUGAAAGAAAUAAAGGAAGCCAGAGAUGAUUUGAAACAGAGGAAACGUCCUCUAGGGCGAUCAUCAGGAGUAAUGUACGUGUUUGUAAUUGCCACUAAGCGUUGCAAGUCAUUUGUGAAGCGGAUAAUGAUACCGACAGACAUAGUGCUCGAAGCAGGCUGCCAACGCGGGUCAAAAUUAUCUUACAUAGAUGAUGCAGAGGAAUUACGUGAACGGUUACGACGUCUCUGGGGAAAAAUGCACUCAUCUAUCACGCAGUUUUUUAAGCAGAUUUAUGGAGAAGUUAAGCACGUCGUGAGCGAAAUUCCUUUAGUAAAUGAAGUAGUGAUGGAAAACCUUCUCGAAUCAUUAGCGCUAAUCCGAACGAUAGUGCGAUUAAGCGGAUUUCAUUCUCACAGUUCGCUGUCCAUUCAACCUAAAUCAUAA